AUGGGUCCACCGAUGAUUGCGGAAGUUGAUAUAUAUCAAUUUGAACCUUGGGUUCUACCGUCAAUGUCUGCUCUACAAACAAACGAUCAAGAGUGGUAUUUCUUAUGCAACAGGGCAGGUAGGUGUACAAGGAACGCAAAGGGGGGGACUUGGAGGAUGACUGGUGGUUCAGCGAAAGACGUCGUGUAUUGCGGAAGAGUUUGUGGUAUUAUCAAAUCAUUUACCUACUAUAUUAACGGGGUGGAGAAGACUAAUUGGAUAAUGAAGGAAUACAUACUCAAGGAUACGGAAACAUCUUUCCUAUGUGAACGGGAGCAACAUUACGUACUAUGCAAGUUUUAUGAAAGGAAUGGAUCGGGUCCAAUGCAUGCCGAACAAUACGUCGCUAAGUUUGUGGAGGAGGACUGGCUUGACAAUAUAAUGACUUAUGAAGAGGAUUAUGAGUAUGGGAACAAUUACUUAGUAGGAACCAAUGAUAAUGGUGCAAGCAGUAGCAACAAUAACACUGCAACGUGGGUUCCAAAUGUGGCUGAAGAGGAGAUAUUCAAGUUUGAAGAUUUUGGAAGUACAUAUUUAGACAAUGAAGAUAUUUUGGGUUUUCCUACUACAGAUUUUGAGCAGAACACAUUCAUGGAAAUGGAGGAAAACUACUACAUAAGGAUUGUGUUGAGUUCAUUCAAGUAA